ACUCAUCCUGCCGACUGCCGCGUGCUCUUCAAUGAGUCGAAGAAAUCUCGCGAUCCCGCCAUCAGUGAACCCGAUCCUUCGGGGAGUCAAAAGAAUCACAUCUGGGCGGCGAUAGCUGAAGUUAUCUUCGAGAAGGAUGAGGAGUACAAGGAUGCGUAUGCUGAGGACAAACACAAAUUUACAGUGGCAGUUUCUAAUCGUAUUACGCAUCUCAGGAAUAAAUAUAAAAAACAACAUGCUCGCUUCCAUCAGACCGGUGCUGGCAUCAAUCCACUUGAUGCUGCUGGUGCACAAAAUCUUCGAGAGCAGGUACUAAUCGACUUCCCAUGGUUUGACAUACUCGAUAAACUUUGGAAGAGCAAUCCGGUGUUUGCGCUGAAGACAAUUUCAUCUGUGCCGGGUGUUGAUCACGCUGCUAAUAUGGCUGCCCUUACCCAAGGGAAGGGCAAGCAGAUGGUCGCUCAGGCCCCUUCUCCUGAUCCCGACAACAUCGUUGGGGACACCGAGAGUGACAUCAUCGAUGACAUCUUGGACGAGCCUCUGCUUGCCCAAGGGAAGAGUAAGGAGAAAGCUCUCCCCCCUCCCUGUCCUGAUGAGCCCAUGGAUGAGGACCUUAACCCCAAUGACGACCAUACCUUCAUCACCCAACCCGAACCUCCACUCCCCUCUACCCCUCUCAACGAUGCCGAUGAUGAUGGGGAGCCCCGAGACAACAAUUUCGGGCCAUCGAAUCAGGAGGACGAGGACACUGUCCAACAACGUCCGUCCAACAAGCGCCCUUGCCCAUCCUCACCACCCCCUACACAUGCUCUUCAUACCCCUAACAACCACUCCCGUGGAAAAUUCCAAACUCAUGUAGAUCGUGUUACUAAUCGUGGUGCCAUCCGCUCGCCCAAGUCAUCACCCUCUCAGAUGUCGUCGUCAUCAUCUGCAACAUCAUCGCGCAUACGUGCCACACCAACAGGAAUAUCAGGAUCGCAAACAUCAUCCACUCGCAAAGCAGCCCCCUCCCAAAAAUCCUCCCUCUCAAAGUGCGUCGAUUCUGAGAUGCAGGAUGUCCAGGGUCAAGUCGAAUCACUCACUACCGGGAUGAGUUACAUAUAUACUGUGAAGGCGGCUGCCUCUGAAUACAAGCUCGCGAAAGUCAACGCUCACCGACACCAACGUGACAUCGAGUUUCAACGUGAGCAGGCCGAUAAGGAAUGCAGUGACGCCGCCAUUGUGCACCAGCGUGCGCAAGAAGCGAAGGCCUUGGAACUUCAAGUUCUCGAGGCCCAGGCUAGGGUUCAGGCGGAGAAAAGGGCUGCUUUGCAGCUCGAGAUCAAACUUCUCAAGUUGAGAGGGGGCGCAUCCUGA